UGGUUAUUUUACUGUUUCCAGGCCCUCAAUAUCGAGUCGAUAUCAACACAGUUUGUGCUGCGUCCGGCAGACUAUGGUCUGACUCUCCAUUGUAGCUCGACUGACCACGAAAAUAGUCUACCGCCGAAGCUUGUCCGUGCUGGAAGCGACUCGAAUCUCGCUCUACCUGAGCACGAAUCAUGAUACCACUCCACUCACCCGUAGCUUCAAACCUACGUCCCCUUCGACCCGUCAUGAAAUCCCAAUCCUCCCCGAGGUUAAGCAUAACACACGUACCUGCCAUAUAUAACUCCCCCCCCUUCCCCUCGUCCUCCACCUGCAUCCACACAGACCAACUGCACUACCUACGACUACCUACGACUACCUACUGCUCCGAUAACAAUCUCGUCAAAAACACACCUACAAAAUGCAAGUCUCCACGCUGAUCCUCUCCAUCCUGAUCGCGGCCCUCCUUGCCGCCCAGGUCCUCGCCGCACCGGUACCGAAGAACGUCUUCCGCCCCGAAAACUACGGCAUGGGCUAUCGCGGCCGCAAGACGUCUGGCCCACGCAAUUACCAGCCAUUCCCGGGCGCUUUUGGACGUAUCCUUGGUCCCGAUGACGCUGAGCCCAGAGUCGACCGCGUCGACAAGGUCGAUUGCGUCGAUAAGGUCGAUAGUUGGUUGUAUCUUAUGAACGAGUAA